AGGUUGAUUUGAACACUAAGUGCAUUGUAGAUGUUGAAGACAAUCAGACAAUCCUGAGACCCACCAAUCCCAGCCUCAGUAAGGGAGAUUCCAGGAGUCAACCAAAGAUUUUUGCAUACGAUCACUGUUUCUGGUCUAUUGACGAGUCUGUUACGGAGAAAUUUGCAGGUCAAGAUGUCGUCUUCAAGUGCCUUGGUGAAGACCUACUCCAAAAUGCCUUCAAAGGAUACAACGCCUGUAUCUUUGCUUAUGGACAGACUGGCUCAGGGAAAUCCUACACGAUGAUGGGGACAAAGGACAAGCCAGGCCUGAUCCCGCGGCUGUGCAGUACACUGUUUGAGAGAACGUUACAGGAGGAGAACGAUGAGCAAAGCUUCAAGGUGGAGGUGUCGUACAUGGAGAUCUACAACGAGAAGGUGCGGGACCUGCUGGACCCCAAAGGAAGUCGUCAAACCUUGAAGGUGAGAGAGCACAAGGUUCUGGGUCCAUAUGUGGAUGGCUUGUCCCGACUGGCUGUGGCAAGUUAUAAGGACAUUGAGUCUCUGAUGUCAGAGGGUAACAAGUCCCGAACCGUCGCCGCGACCAACAUGAACGAGGAGAGCAGCCGCUCCCACGCGGUCUUCAACAUCAUCCUCACACACACACUGUACGAUCUCCAGUCUGGGACGUCCGGUGAGAAGGUGAGUAAGCUGAGCCUCGUGGACCUGGCGGGCAGUGAAAGAGCAGCAAAGAGUGGAGCAGUGGGUGACAGGCUGAAGGAAGGAAGCAACAUCAAUAAAUCGCUGACCACGCUGGGCCUGGUGAUCUCGGCUCUGGCUGACCAGGCCGCCGGCAAGAACAGGAACAAGUUUGUGCCGUACCGGGACUCGGUGCUGACCUGGCUGCUCAAGGACAGCCUGGGCGGCAACAGUAAGACAGCGAUGAUCGCCACAGUCAGCCCUUCCGCAGACAAUUACGAUGAGACGCUGUCCACGCUGCGCUAUGCGGACAGAGCCAAAAACAUCAUCAACCACGCCGUGGUGAACGAGGAUCCCAACGCCACCAUCAUCAGGGAGCUCCGUGAGGAGGUGGAGAAACUGCGGGAACAGCUGACCAGAGCUGAGGCAAUGAAAGCCCCUGAGCUGAAUGAUCGGCUGGAGGAGUCGGAGAAGCUGAUUCAGGAGAUGACGGUCACGUGGGAGCAGAAGCUGAGGAAGACCGAGGAGAUCGCGCAGGAACGGCAGAGACAGCUCGAGAGCCUCGGGAUCUCUCUCCAGUCCUCGGGAAUCAAGGUGGGAGAUGACAAGUGUUUCCUGGUGAAUCUGAAUGCCGAUCCGGCCCUGAACGAGCUGCUGGUUUACUAUCUGAAGAAUCACACGCUGGUCGGAUCGGAUGAUUCCCAGGAUAUCCAGUUAUGUGGAAUGGGAAUACUGCCUGCUCACUGCCUCAUCGAUAUCUCUGCCGAGAGAACUGUCAUCCUCACACCCAAGCCAAACUCCAGGACCUUUGUGAACGGCUGUAUGGUGACCAGCCCAGUCCAGCUGCACCACGGUGACCGCAUCCUCUGGGGGAACAACCACUUCUUCAGAAUUAAUUUGCCAAAGGCCAGAGUGCGAAGGGGCUGUGAGGAGGGGGAGAGGGACAAUGUGAUGAAGCUCAGUAACAGCAGUGAGCAGUUGGAUGUGGACGGGGACACCACCAGCGAGGCUUCCAGUGACAUCAGCUACAACUAUGAGUUUGCCCAGAUGGAGGUCACCAUGAAGGCUCUGGGGAACAAUGGGCCGAUGCAGUCGGUGUUGCAGAGCCUGGAGCGUCAGCACGAGGAGGAGAAGCGCUCAGCGCUGGAGAAGCAGAGACUGAGGUACGAGCAGGAGCUACAGCAGCUCCGUCGCCGUCUGUCCCCGGAGAAACCCAGCCGCAGCCUGGAGCGUCUGUCUCUCGCCUCCCCCACCUCCCAGCACAGGCUCUGUCAGUGGACAGAGGAGAGGGAGGCAAUGCUCCACCACAGCCUGAUGAAGCUGAGAGAGCAGAUCGCUAAAGCCAACCUCUCUGUCCGUGAGGCUAACUUCAUUGCUGAGGAGAUGGAGAAGAAGACGGAAUAUCAGGUGACGCUGCAGAUACCAACCUCCAGCCUGGACGCUAACCAGAAGCGUGAUGCUGUCCUGAGUGAACCUGCUGUCCAAGUGCGUCGGAAAGGGAAAGGCAAACAGAUCUGGUCACUGGAGAAGCUGGAGAACCGGCUGAUUGACAUCCGUGAGCUGUACCAGGAGUGGAAAGACUGUGACGAGGACAGCCCUAUGAUGCCCUAUUUCAAGCGGGCUGACCCUUUCUUUGACGAGCAGGAGAACCACAGCCUGAUCGGUGUGGCUAACGUUUUCCUGGAGCUUCUGUUUCAUGAUGUGAAGUUGCAGUACGCAGUACCCAUCAUCAACCAAAAGGGGGAGGUGGCAGGCCGCCUGCACGUGGAGGUAGUGCGGCUCAGCGGGGAGCUCAGCGAUCACGUCGCUGGGGGAGACGAGGGGCCCGAGGGGCUGAGUGACAGCGAGACACAGGACAGAGAAACCUCACGCAAACUGGUCUGCAGGGUGAAAAUCCUCCAGGCUACAGGCCUGCCCAGACACCUGUCUAACUUUGUCUUCUGUCAGUACCUGUUCUGGGACCAGGCGGAGCCUGUGAUGGUGGCUCCUGAGGUGGAUCAGAACUUCUCCUCCUCCUCUCCCAUCUGCAAAUUGCCAGAGUCCAUGGUCGUCUUCGACCACUGCAAAGAAUUCUCUGUGAAUCUUUCGGAAGACCUUCUGGAGUAUCUGUCGGAAGGAGCCCUGGCGAUCCAGGUUUACGGCCACAAAACAUACGACCCACGAAAGAACGCCUCGAUAUGGGACCUGGGAAUGAUCCAGGCCAAGACCCGCUCACUGCGCGACAGGUGGAGUGAGGUGAUGCGGAAGGUGGAGCUGUGGGUACAGGUCCUAGAGCUGAACGAGACUGGAGAGUACGUUCCCACGGAGAUGACACUUGGCAAGGACAUCGCCACAGGUGGCGUCUUCCAGCUUCGCCAGGGUCAGUCACGGCGGAUCCAGGUGGAGGUGAAGUCGGUUCAGGACUCUGGGACUAUGCCUCUGAUUGUGGAGUCCGUGAUGUCCAUCGCUGUGGGCUGUGUCAAAACCAGACUCGCCAAGCCCCAGAGAGCUCCAGCCACCCACCCGGAGGACGAGGAUGACAUGGACAGUUACCAGGAACGAGAUUUGGAACGUCUGCGAAGGAAAUGGCUGAACACAUUAACAAAGCGUCAGGAAUAUCUGGAUAAACAGCUCCAGAAACUCAACUCGAAACCCGAUAAAUCAGAGGACGAGGCUGACCGCGAGGCACAGUUGCUGGAGCGCCGCUUGACGCUGACGGAGGAGAGGAACGCGGUGAUGGUACCCUCGGCCGGCAGUGGCAUUCCGGGCUCCCCGGCUCGAUGGAGUCCCGCCGCUGGCAUGGAAACUCAUGUUCCUGUUCUCUUCCUCGACCUCAGUGAGGAAUGUUUGAGCUCCCGGGAGGACUUGGACAUGCCGGAGGCAGGGGGGCUGGACGCCACGCUGGCAGAUGAAGAUGCUGACGAGCUGUUUGAGCUGCAGAUUGCAAAACGUCACGAUCUGGAGGUGAAAGCCGAGGCCUCCUGGGAUGCCAACAUCCAUGAGAGUGGCUCGCUGAGCCGGGCCACACCCGCCGAGGAGAGGGUCUUCCUGAUCGUGCGGACAAUCUUACACCUCAGCCAUCCCGCAGACAUGCAGCUAGUGCUGCGUAAACGCAUCUGUGUCCACGUCUACCAACGACAGGGAUUCGCACAAAGUUUCCUGAGAAGAAUGUCACACAAAAGUGGCCUCAAUACGUGUGGAGUGACGUUCGAGAUCGUCUCCAACAUCCCAGAGGACGCCCAUGGGUCGGAGGACCGGGAUGCGCUGGCACGGAUGGCCGCGGAAUCUGAGAGCGAGCAGUCGGCAGAGAAGGCAGCCUACAUCGAGAAGUACCUGCGCAGUGUGCUGGCCGUGGAAAACAUCCUCACCCUGGACCGUCUGCGGCAGGGUGUUGCAGUAAAGGAGCUGCUCGGUACCAAGCACAAAAUAAAGAGGAGAUGCAUCAGCUCCCCCAACGUCCACCGGCUGUCCGGAAACCUGACUGCAAGAUCCAACCUAGAGUAUAACAAGAGUCGAUGGGAAAGCCACCAGGAUAUCUCGGCCAGUGCCCAGCAGUGUAGCCGGGGGGGCACAGGGUCCCGCUCCCCAAGUCGCGGGGACCACACACAGAGCCAGGCACAGGAGACGGAAUGGUUGUCAGGCCUGGCAGAAUCCUAUCUGGCACCGGUGAAGGUGAUUGUCCCUCAGAUGCCCAGGAUCCUCAAGUCCCUGUUCCCGGUCAGAGAUGACAAGGAGAAGAGGAGGUCGGCCCCUCCGUUAAUUCAGCAGACUGUCCCUCGUAUCAUGGUGCAGUCUGCCAGCCCGGACAGCACUGCUGAGGACAGCAAGGAGACGAAACUUGUGAAAAAGUUCCAGUUUUCCCAAUUGUUACAAGUCCAAAGUGUGGAGGAACAUCGACAGGCUCGCAAAGACAACGGGAGGAAAAUGGCCACUGCUUCGUUGCCAACGAUGACCAAACCAGCACUGGUAAGCGUCCAGGAGCCCGCCGAGACCCCAAGCCAAGACUCAGAGCCCCAGAGCCCGCUCAGCGAGGUCUCCAGUGGCUACUUCUCCCACAGCGUCUCCAUGGCCACGCUCUCCGACACCUCCACCCUGGCUGGCAGCCCCCCAUCCUCCCACACCACCCCCGACACAGACAUCACCCACACUCACAGGCCCUGGAGCUGCGACGGGGUGUCCCAGCUGGACAACAAGGACUGUGCUGGGCCAACAACCAGGCCUGCUCAACCCCAGCCCCAGCCCAGUCCAGCCCACACCAGCUCGACUCAACCCCAGCCCAGCCAGGCUGCAGCCCAGACCAGCCCCGUGCACAGCCCAGAGAGAAUGGUUGAGCCAGACAUUGGAGGGGACAAGCAAUCAGAGGGAGAGGGCACCAUGGAGACAGAGGGAGGGGACCCUGCGGAGCCUGACAUGAGGAGGAGCCCUGUGUACAGCUCAGACACAGGGAGUGAGGUGGAGUCGGAGAGCGAGGGUGAUGUGCAGCUGGAGAGAGGGGGAGACGAGGAGACGGACACAGGGGGAGAAGUGGAGCCAGAGGGAGGGAGCGUUGUCCACAGCUCAGACCCAGGGGGUGACGUGGAGCCCGGUAGCCACAUGGACACUGAUCCUCGUGAGGGUCACAAUGAUGUUGAAGAGGAAACGGCUGCUGCUGAUGAAGAAGGAGAAGGAACGGAGCCAGAGUUUGUGGCGGAGUCGGGAAGAAGCCUCUCUGUGUGUGAGGAAGCUGGGAAAGGCCUGCCCUCCCGUAUCCUCAGCUCCACCCUCAGCCCCGCCCCCGCUUCCCAACCCAGGGCCCCGCCCGGACUGGCCAAACCCCGCCUCACUGUGACUGCGUCCGCCAUCACCUUCACAAACCCCUUCACCAUCCAGAAGGUCCGCACCUCGGAGCUCAAGUCCUUCACUCGCAUCCUGGGGGAGGAGGAUUGCCGGAGCGGGUCCGAGCGGGAAGCCAAACGCUCGGCCGCAGACCGGCACAGCUGGAGCCCGGACACCGGGGAGACGGGGGAGGGGAGCGAGGGUAAGUGGGCAGCCCCCGAGGGCUCGCACCCCCCCAGCCACACGUCUGACACGGCCUCCGACACAGAGGAUGGAGGAGCUGUGCCCAGCUGGCUGAGAGAGGGCGAGUAUGUCAGUAUUGGCACCAAUAAGUGUGGGACUGUCAGGUAUAUCGGAACCACGGAGUUUGCGGACGGCGUGUGGAUUGGUGUUGAGCUGGAUGUACCAGCAGGUAAGAACGACGGCAGUGUUGGAGGACAUCAGUAUUUCCGGUGUAAUCCAGGAUACGGAGCGCUGGUCAGACCCAACCGUGUCAGCAGGGCCUCGGGGGCCGGGAGGAGGCGAGGGGCCGGGCUCCGGCUCCAGCUAACCUCCGCAGCCGAGGUUAGGCGUAACGGCAACGUCACCAGCUCCAACCCCAACCUGGCCGCGCUGGGGCCCACCCGCACAGACAAGGCAACCAGGAGGAGUGAGCAGAGGAAAUCCUGGGCCGCAGAGCAGAAACCUCAGUGAGCAGCCGGGGGGGUUGGUGUGUGGGGUGGGGGGGGGUGUAAACACUGACAAUCAAUCAAUUGCGGGUGAGGAGGGAGUGUAGAACAGUUGCCCUCUCUCUCCCCAUCCAGUUAAAAAUAUCAAUACCUCUCUCUGCCCCCCAGCGCACCCAUCGCCUCAGACACCUAAGAACCGUUACGGGCAUGAGAGCUGUGUAAACACUAACACUGGGCCCCCCCCACCCUCUCUCUCUCUCUCUCUUCAGGCUGAACUAAUGUCUUCUCAACACUUUCUCUCUUUUUCUCCCCCCAUCACCAGCUCCAUCAUCUCAGACACCACGACAGGGGGGGAGUGAGGGGGGAGAUGCUGACAACCUGAGCUACUGUUUUUAUAUUAGAUUUUUACUCGGUAACCUGGCAGGAAGCUGGAAUGACACUUCUCCUAAUAGGCUUGUGAGAUAUUGCAAACUAAUGUACAUUUGUAAUUAAUGACCUUUUCUGAUUCACACAAGGCUUUUAUAUAUAUAUAUUAUACACAGAAUCUAAAUCUAUAUAUGUGUAUAUCAGGACAAUGUGAUUUUCUGACUCGAUCGGAAGGGAAAUAUGCUAACAGCGGGUGAUUAAACAUUAUCAUUGAUUUUA